CGGUGGGAAAUAUGCCAGAGACUAACCAUCUCGAGUCUCGGAGAUAGCAUUAAGUGAAUAAGCUCAUCCCACCAAAUCAUUCUCCCUACGAAUAGCUCGGAGUUUGAACCUGGACACGGUGUUUAGUUUUUGUGAAAGGAUAAUAAUAUAUCUCAAGCCCAGUGAGACUGAAAAAAAAAUUGAAUUGGGCCUUAUCCAUGUAAGAUUUGGAUUUAGAUACCAAAAAGAGCAAAAGCUAAAGCUGUUCUCUCCCGCCAUGGCCUUCGUCGCCACCACCAACACUCCACCACUUAUCCUCUCUCACUCACUCCGACCACCGCGGCGAUACCCUUCUUUCUCCCUCCUCCCCAUUCCCACCACCACUCUCCCUCUCUCUCUCCGCUCCCUCUCUUCCACUCUCAAAUUUCGUCUCUCCUUCUCCUUCAAUCCCCCAACCUCAUCAUCUCUCCCCACCUUCUCCGACGCCGGAGAAGACGACGUCGAAGACGAAGAUGAUGAUGAUGAAGAAGAAGAAGAGUAUGAAGAAGAGGAAUACGAAGACGACGAUGACGACGACGUUGCGGCUGAUGAAUACGACGACGAAGUUCCCGACGAAGGUGAAGCGUUCGAUGCAUCCGCUCGCCGCGAAGAAUUCAAGUGGCAGAGAGUCGAGAAGCUCUGCAACGAAGUCAGAGAGUUUGGAGCUGAAAUCAUUGAUGUCGAUGAACUCGCCUCCGUUUACGAUUUCCGAAUCGACAAGUUUCAGCGGUUGGCGGUUCAAGCUUUUCUGAGAGGCUCUUCGGUGGUGGUUUCUGCUCCGACUAGCAGCGGGAAGACUUUGAUUGCGGAAGCUGCAGCGGUGGCUACAGUGGCGAGGGGACGGCGAAUUUUCUACACCACUCCGCUCAAGGCAUUGUCCAAUCAGAAGUUUCGCGAAUUCCGGGAGACGUUUGGCGACAGCUAUGUUGGUCUUCUUACCGGUGAUUCCGCGGUAAACAAAGAUGCGCAGGUUUUGAUUAUGACCACGGAGAUAUUGCGGAACAUGUUGUAUCAGAGUGUUGGUAAUGUAUCUUCUUCUCGAAGUGGACUUGUCAAUGUUGAUGUGAUUGUUUUGGAUGAAGUUCAUUACCUUAGCGACAUAUCUCGUGGUACAGUUUGGGAAGAGAUUGUUAUUUAUUGCCCUAAAGAAGUCCAGCUUAUUUGUCUGUCCGCAACCGUUGCAAAUCCGGAUGAGUUGGCUGGUUGGAUUGGCCAGAUUCAUGGUAAAACGGAGUUGGUAACAUCAUCUAAACGACCAGUUCCUCUGACAUGGCAUUUUUCUAUGAAGAAUUCCUUAUUACCACUUCUUGACGAGAAAGGGACACGCAUGAACAGGAAGCUGUCACUCAAUUAUUUACAACUUCAAGCUGCAGGAUAUAAACCUUACAAGGAUGAUUGGUCUAGAAAAAGGAAUGCCCGGAAACGAGGAUAUCGCAUGAGCUAUGAUAGUGAUGAAAGCAUGUUUGAACAACGUUCUCUCUCAAAAAAUAACAUAAAUGCAAUUCGCCGUUCACAAGUUCCUCAAAUAAUUGAUACAUUAUGGCACAUUGAGCCUAGGGACAUGCUCCCAGCUAUUUGGUUUAUCUUUAGCAGGAAGGGUUGUGACGCCGCAGUGCAAUAUAUUGAAGAUUGCAAACUUUUAGACGAGUGUGAAAAAAGUGAGGUCGAACUUGCCUUGAAGAGGUUCCGCAUUCAGUAUCCUGAUGCUGUCAGAGAAACAGCUGUGAAAGGACUUUUACAGGGGGUUGCCGCACAUCAUGCAGGAUGUCUACCUUUGUGGAAAGCAUUCAUAGAAGAAUUGUUUCAAAAAGGACUAGUCAAAGUUGUUUUUGCUACAGAGACCCUGGCUGCUGGAAUCAAUAUGCCUGCUAGAACCGCUGUUAUUUCAUCCCUCAGCAAAAGAAUUGAUAGUGGACGUAGACCAUUAAGCUCAAAUGAACUGCUUCAGAUGGCCGGGCGUGCAGGACGCAGAGGCAUUGAUGAAAGUGGCCAUGUAGUCCUCAUCCAGACUCCUAAUGAAGGCGCUGAAGAGUGCUGCAAGGUACUGUUUGCUGGACUAGAGCCUCUAGUGUCACAGUUUACUGCUUCAUAUGGAAUGGUUUUAAAUCUUCUUUCUGGAGUGAAAGCCAUUCACAGGUCAAACGAAUCAGAUGACAUGAGACAAUCCACAGGGGGGAGAACUUUGGAAGAUGCUAGGAAGUUAGUUGAGCAAAGUUUUGGAAAUUAUGUUAGUAGCAAUGUUAUGCUGGCUGCUAAAGAGGAGCUGAAAAAAAAUGAGAAAGAAAUUGAGUUGCUGAUGUCAGAAAUCACAGACGAAGCCAUAGAUAGAAAAAGCAGGAAGGCUUUGUCCCAGAAACAAUACAAGGAGAUUGCAGAAUUACAGGAAGAUUUAAGGGCAGAAAAACGUGUACGUACUGCAUUGCGGAGACAGAUGGAAGCAAAGAGAAUAUCUGCCCUGAAACCUUUAUUGGACGACCCUGAAAGUGGACAUUUACCAUUUUUGUGCUUGCAGUAUAGAGAUUCUGAAGGUGUUCUACAUUCCAUUCCUGCCGUGUUUUUGGGGAAGGUUGACUCCCUUAAUGCUUCAAAACUCAAAGACAUGAUUUCUUCUGUCGAUUCUUUUGCAUUAAAUGUAGCAGAUGCAGAGCGAAGUCUUCCUGAUUCUGUAUUGAAUGAAGAUCUUGAACCAUCAUAUCAUGUAGCUCUUGGUUCAGAUAACUCUUGGUAUCUAUUUACAGAAAAGUGGAUUAAAACAGUAUAUGGGACAGGCUUUCCUGACACUCCAUUGGCUCAAGGGGAUGCUCGACCUCGGGAAAUUAUGAGUACUCUGCUUGAUAAGGAAGACAUGAAGUGGGAUAAGCUUGCUCACUCUGAACAUGGUGGUUUAUGGUUCAUGGAAGGAUCUCUAGAGACGUGGUCUUGGAGCUUGAAUGUUCCUGUUUUGAGUAGCUUCUCUGAAAAUGAUGAACUGCUACUGAAGUCUCAAGCCUACAGAGAUGCUAUUGAACAAUACAAGGAUCAAAGAAAUAAAGUUUCACGCUUGAAGAAAAGGAUAUCUCGUACGGAAGGCUAUAAAGAAUAUAACAAAAUCAUAGACGGGGUCAAGUUUAUUGAGGAGAAAAUCAAGCGCCUGAAGACUAGAUCUAAGCGAUUGACUAACAGGAUAGAACAAAUUGAACCCUCAGGAUGGAAGGAGUUUAUGCAGGUUAGCAAUGUCAUACAUGAAACCAGAGCCUUAGACAUCAAUACACAUGUUAUAUUUCCGCUUGGUGAAACUGCAGCUGCAAUUCGAGGAGAAAAUGAGCUUUGGCUUGCAAUGGUUCUUCGUAGUAAAAUUUUAGUAGGAUUAAAACCUCCACAGCUUGCUGCAGUGUGUGCAGGUUUGGUGUCCGAGGGUAUCAAAGUCAGACCCUGGAAAAACAACAGUUUUAUCUAUGAGCCUUCUGCAACUGUAGUCAAUUGCAUAGGGUUACUGGGUGAGCAAAGAAGCGCCUUAUUGGCAAUUCAGGAGAAACACGGGGUAACUAUAUCUUGCUGUUUGGAUACCCAGUUCUGUGGUAUGGUUGAGGCAUGGGCUUCUGGGUUAACAUGGAGAGAAAUAAUGAUGGAUUGUGCAAUGGAUGAUGGUGAUCUAGCUCGUCUCCUGCGACGGACCAUUGAUCUAUUAGCUCAGAUUCCAAAAUUGGCAGAUAUUGAUCCAUUGUUGCAGCGCAAUGCAAGGGCUGCUUCUGAUGUCAUGGACAGGCCUCCAAUAAGUGAGCUUGCUGGGUAGUUUCUCUGCCUCUGUUGUAUGAUCCAUUUGUAAAUAAUUAUUGUAUGAUUAAUUUCCAAAAUUGCAUCUUAUGAUAUAUUAUUAUUCUUUUUUAUUAUGAAAAGUUUAGUGGAAGGAAAAUUGUUCCAAGAUC